AUGUCGAAGCACGCGAUGGUGGGGCUGGUGUGGAUGGCGAGCCGACAGCUCAGGAAGCACGGGAUCAGGGUGAACUGCGUGUCGCCGGCGGGGAUAGUGACACCGUUCGUGUGCAACUCGCAUGAUCAGUACACACUGGAGGAAAUCGAGAAGGCUUUUAAGCCACGCACCCCAUUGAAAGGAAUUGCUUUGAAAGUGAGAAAUAUUGCGGACGCCGUUGUGUUCCUUGCUUCUGAUGACUCGGCGUUCGUCUCUGGGCACGACCUGGUCGUGGAUGUAGGGUUUCUGACCCAAGGAAUGCAAUUCAACUUGUGA